AUGGCGGGUCACGACAAGAUCCUUCUUGGGUUAAUGAUAGGUGUAGUGGUGAUGAUGGUGAUAACAUUUACUUUCAACGGCCUCAGUGGUCAAGGAGCUCCACCUUUGUACCUCAAUAGCACGGGAACCAUAUCAGCCAAGUAUGAAACCGGAAUAACUCCUGCUGGUUGGACAUUUAGUAUUUGGGGAGUUAUCUACCUUUGGCAAUCACUGUUCAUAGUCUUCUCCUUCUACACCGUCUUCAAGAAAACAGAUGAAGGACCAUCUUACACCAAUCCAAAAAUACUGACAAUGCCGCUUUUUGUGACAUAUUUUACAAAUCUGUGUUUAAAUAUAGGCUGGACACUCUCCUUUGAUAGAGAAAGCCUGAUAGCAGCGUUCGUUUUGUUGUUCCUGAUUGCGUUCACUUUGUACAUUUGUCUGUUCUUCAGCUACAGAAGCUUUGCUGAACACUCUCCAAAAUUGGCCAAACAAGGACGAAAUUUGGAAAUUUGGUGUCACCGAGUAAUUGUUCAUAAUGCGUUUGGUAUUUAUGCCACAUGGACAACUAUUGCUACUUUGUUAAACGUGAUCAUGGUAAUGGUUUAUGUAGCUGAUCCUGGCGUAGAAAUUGAAACAGCCGGUACAGUUGCUCUUGGAAUUUUAACAGCAGAAAUCAUCAUAUUCGCUGGUACUGAUUUGAUAUUAUUGGACAAAUAUUCUAGGUACACUGUCACUCCAUAUUUGGUCGUAAUGGUUGCUCUUGGUGGAAGCAUCUCCAAAAAUUAUGAUAGUACCAAAACAAACUCAAUUUUUACCGUUGUGCUACUGGCUAUAGGAUGUGUUCUGGCUGUUUCUAAGCUUAUAGUAAUGCUAUGGCGUCAUUUUAAAAAGCCAAUGUUUAAUAAUUUACAGAUUGAGCCGACAGGCUACACAAUGAAGGCCUAA